AUGAUCAAAUUUUCAAAUAGACUUCUUUUUUCAUUUAGAACCCUUUAUUAAAUACUUGAUGUACCUUAAAAUGCCAGUUAAGAUCAAAUAAAAUAAAACUAUCUCAAGAUUGUGAAGAUGUAUCACCCAGAUACUAAUUCAUAAUAAUCAAAAGAUUAAGUGAUUUUUACGACUACAUUAGGAAUACUUCAAAUAAGUCACAGCAGCUUACACAAUAUUAUCAAAUCAAAAUGAAAGACGUAAAUACGAUUAAACGUUAAAUAAUUCAUUUUUUCAAAAAGAUGAUUUUUCUCAACAGAAUUAUGAUUCAAAUUUUUCUAAGCAUAGAAAAGAACAAAUAAUAAUGUACAUCUAUUUAGCUGCUUUCAUUUUGGUUUAUUUGUAUAAUUAGAAAAUAAAUGAAUUAUUUGGUAUAAAAAAGUUACCAAUAAAUUCUCUACCAAAUAAAUAUAUCCCUAAAGAAGUUAUUUAAAUUGAAAAAAAAGAAUUAACUGAAAAAGAUUGCAAGUAUUAUCAAUUAAUAUUGUUAGCGAUUUGUCUUUAGAUAUUAUUAAAUAAAAGUCAAAAAGAGGUGACUAUAAAUUGGGAUAAUUAUGUUAUGAUAGAUUAUUAUUAGAUUAACAAAAAAUAAUAAAAAAGAAAAAGAACUUGGAUGAUUUUUAGUAAGAUGUAGUUAAUUAUAACAAUUCAUAAGUAUCAUAAAAAUCUGAAACGAUUUUAGUGGAUUAAUAAUAGCCAUAUAAAAUAUAGAGUCCAAUUAAAUAACAGGAAUAAAAUUUAGAAAAUAAGGAAAAGCUAGAAGAAAUAAGAGAAAAUGAAGAGUAAAAAUAAAAUUUAUAAUAAAUUAAUGAAGAAUUUUCUGAUGAUUAAACUCUAUAAUUAUUCUAGGAGUUAAAUAACAAUAAAUUUGAAAAUAAUUCUGAAUAAAUUAUUGUUGAGUAAUAUGAUUAAGAAGUAUAAUCAUAAUAAUAAUAAUCAUAAUAAGAGAGUUAAUAAGAAAAUUGA